GCAAAAUGAGUGACAAAAAUGCUGUUUUAGAAAGAUUAAGUAGAAGGGACGCUCAACGCUUAGAAAAACUACAAAAGGCACACAAAGCAAGAGAGGAAGUUGAUGCUACAAAUGAAAAUGAGGACUAUUUCUCAGCUGCAUUUAAAAUUCGUUCAGAAAACAUUGAACAACUGUUAUCUCAAGUACCAACCCUGGAAAUAAAUGUGCUUUCUAUGCAUUUUGAUAAUAUAAAACGAGAGGUGAAUGAAUUACAAAAAUUUGUAGUAACAUCUUCUUUCUUUCUUAAAGAGUUCAAUAUGAGAAAAUACUUAGGAAUAGUACAGAACCUCCAAACAAAAUGCUACGAGCUAGAGGAUAGGUAUGUUCCAAAGAAAAAAUUUGGUUUUACAAGAAAAAAAUUACCUAAAUCAGAUAGCCAUAAGCAAGAUUCAAUAGAUGAAAACGAUGGUGCUGGGAAAACUGAAAACAAAUGGGACGAGAAACUCUUUGGCUUUGACUCUCAAGAGAAUAAAGUACUGUGCAUGGAGAGUGAUGAAUUAUUUCAACGAGAUGUCACUCUACGUAACUUGAAGAACUGCUCCAUCGCUUUAAAGGGUGUAAUGGGAACAUUGCACAUGACAAACUUGGAAAAUUGUUAUAUUCUAUCUGGACCCGUAACAUCAUCUGUUUUUCUUGAGAAAUGCAAUAACUGCAAAAUAAUAACGGCCUGCCAACAGUUGCGCAUGCAUAGUUCCACUAAGUGCGAUAUAUACUUACACGUGACUAGCAAAGGUAUUAUUGAGGACUGUUCAGAAAUCCGUACGGCACCAUACAAUUUGCAUUACGAAGACUUGGAAAAACAUUUAAAAAUGUCAUCCUUAGAUAGAAAUAGUAAUAACUGGGACCAGUUGGAUGAUUUUAACUGGUUGGCUCCUGAUGUACCUUCCCCAAAUUGGUCAGUGUUAGACGGUCCAAAAAGAGUUAAAAACUGGAAUGAAUGGUUUUCUAAAUCACCAUCACAAGUUUAAUAUUUAGCUAUGUUACUUUUCCCUAAAUUAUGUUUUAUAUAUUAUUUUUAACAUAUUUUUUCUGGUAAUAUAUUUUAUUGAUUUACAAUUUUAUGAUCAGCAUUUUAAAUUGUGUCUUAUUCCAAUGUUGAAACAUUGGUAACAGAGUAAUGUGCAUCAUAAUUAACUUUAUUCUUUAUUGUUAUUCCAGGCCGAUACUUGAUAUUAUUAUGUUAAUUGCUUAGUAUUAAUACUAAUACUGACCAACUUUGAUUUUGGUACAAAUUUCAAGCAUUAUUUAAUCACUUGCUGUAACAAAAUAUGUUGAUUGGAAAGGAGGCUUCCUAAUUAAAAUAAUGUACAAAUUUAAUAUUUGUAAUAAAACUAAACUUUAACGUAGUAGGAACUAUUAUGUAGAUGCUUUUAUUUAUGAUUAAACCAUUUCCUAUACCUA